AUACUCCGAUUACCUUUAUUUACUUUUGGCUCGCUUGUGCCUUCCCGCGUGGUAUCUAAAACUAUCGUUGUGUUUAUUCCGAUUAUACGUUUAUUUUAUUAUAAAAUGGUUCUUCUGUAUAUGCUGUAUUUUAUCGUCUGUUCUAGGCUUCACUUCACCACGGGACGUUUUCUCCCUCGCAGUUUGGUUUAUUGCUCGGUCCGAGGAGGAGCUUGUCGAGACUUCUACUAAUGAAAAUCAGAUGUUUUCUGCCAGCCAACUCGGUAGCCAAAUUGCAGUAUAGAGAGAUGCACAAUGUUGGUGUAGUUCUUCAUGAGGGCUACUCAAUGUCUGCCUACAACCCAUGUUUGGGAAACAAAGCCAACGCUCUAAUCAGAAAACGUUGCCUACUCCUUCCUUUCUCUAUCUUUACAAAUAUCAGAACAUAAUGUUACGCGGCUUGGGGGUAUUGAAGAAGGAUACAGUUAGUGCGCAAUGAGAACCCGCUCGACAGCCUGGGUAAGGUUUAGAGAUACUCUACUUGCUGCAACCUGUGCCCAAACUAUUUGUUGGCUGACGGCACAUUUCUGCAACCACUUCACAGGAGUGUGAAAGCCACCGAAUGACCAUGACUUCCCAAACCGGAUACUCCAGUAACAUGAUGUUCCAGUCCAUCAGCAACGACCUGAACGCCUCGCUGGCGACGGCUGACGAGCUGUCCCGAGAGUUCAACUCCUUGAUGCAUGAGGCCACCCCCACUCCUCCUCAGCCUGGCCACCAGACCUCCUCCCUCCUCGACCCCGCCGCCGCCACCUCCUACUCCUCCUCCACCUCCUCGAUAUCGAGAGACAGGCCCAUGUCCGUCGCUCCGUCCAUGACCGCCGCCGCCGCCGCCGCCUCGAGCACCGCCGCCUCGAGCACCGCCUCCCGCUCGGACUCCAGCUCCAGCAUCCCCUCCUCCGCCUACUCCAGCUCCUACACCGGCUCGUCCUCCACCCCCAGGAUCUCCUGCCCCCAGGCGUCCAGCAAGGUGUCCUCCGUCGGCGUCCGGAGCUCCUCCUCCUCCUCCUCCUCCUCCUCCCUCCCCCCCCGCCCACACGACGCUCUCAUCGCCACCAGCAGCAGAAAGCUCCCCCCCUCCCCCCUCACCUCCCCUCAGCCGUCCUUUGACCCCAACACCCCGCUCAAACGUUACUCCGCCACCUUCACCUACGCCCAGCAGCAGCAGCAGCAGCAGCAGCAGCAGCAGGUCAGCCCCAACCAGUCGCCCCGGUCCGGGCGCCGCAACCGUAGCCCCCGCAGCCCCCGCAAGUCCCCCAGAUACAUGGAGAGCAGCCCCGCCCCCAGCCCCACCGGCGCCGCCGGCUUUGACCAAUGGCAGCACGGCGGCACCGCUCAGCCGAUGCACCCUUCCGGUGGUCUGCGGGUGCCGCACGACACGGGCUCGAUGGGUCGGAGGUCGCCCGGCGGCGACAGGAGCUCCUCCCCUCGCCCGUUUGGCGGAGGCGGCGGCCCCCUCCUCGCUAGCACGCUGCCGCGCAACUUUGGAGGCGUGAAGCACAAAGAGGAGGGUUUGCAGCAGCAGCAGACUACUGGCAGGUGGAACGAGACAGAUCUGGAUGCCUUCUCUUCUAAUAAGAAACAUCACCACACCUACGACACGUCGGAGUGGAUGAGGCCGGUGGUGCCCGGCAGCGGCUGGAGGGAGUCCAACCUCGACGGGCCGACGCCGGCCCCCGCCCAAAAGAAGGACUCUCUGUCGGGCUUCAACUACGGGCAGGGCUCGCUCCCGCGCAACACGCGCAUCGCAGUCCCCCCCGAUCCGCUGGCCCCCCCGCACUACCUGGCCCAACCAAUCGUAAGCCGCAUCUCCAUCCCCCCGGCCAACGCCAGGCCGCGCCAGCGCAAGCCCAUCCCGCUGUCGGUCAUCAUGCGCCUGCAGAACCCCAACUGGGCUGGGGAGCCCAUGGCCCAUCCUCACGGGCUGGGGAUGGCUGGAGACUUCCCGAUGGCCCCGCCCUCAGUCCGAGAGAUCCCGCCCCCUUCUUCCCUGCAGCCCGCGUUCUACGCCGAAGUGCUGAACUCUGGCGACGUGGACGCAGAGCUGGAGAAGCUCGACCUGGUCCACUACAUGCCCCCCAUCCCAGAGACCUCAAGCGGGUCGCCCCAGAGUGGUGCCAGCGAGGGGGGCGGGUCGCCCACAAAGGGUGCCGGCGAGGUGGGCCCCCCGGCCCUGGCCCCAAGGCCCCUCAGCCCCACGCGGCUGCAGCCCGUGGUGGCCCCGCAGGCGCACGCGGUCCACGACAUGGAGGAGGUGUUCCGCAUCCGCGCGGAGAUCCCCCGGGCGCUCAAGAGGCGGAGCUCCGUCGACCAGUCCCUGCCGCAGAAGAAGGCGUCCCAGUACCAGCCCAACCAGUACAAGCAUCUCAUCAACAAGCUGUUCCGCCGCACGGGGCGGCAGCGGGCGGGGGAGAAGGGCAGCGACUCCUCCGACGGGGAGGAGACGCUCUCCUCCCCUCCGGAGUCCCCCGCGGUCACACCCUCCCCCGCCUCCCCGGACUACCCCAGCUAUCACUCCAUCCUGCGGCGCAGCAAGAAGCAGAACAGGGCUGUGGGGCGACGGGCGCACCUCAACCCCCUGGUGCUGCUGCUGGACGGGGCCCUGGUCGGGGAGCUGGAGACCGUCCAGAAGGCCGUUCAGGAGAUGAGUGAUCCCAGCCAGCCCAACGACGAGGGCAUCACGGCGCUCCACAACGCCAUCUGUGGAGGCCACUACAACGUCGUGGACUUCCUGGUUCGGAUCGGAGCCAACGUCAGCGCCCCCGACAGCCACGGCUGGACCCCGCUGCACUGCUCGGCCUCCUGCAACGACCGGCCGCUGUGUGAGUUCCUGGUCCGUAACGGGGCCGCCGUCAUGGCAACCACCGAGAGUGACGGGGCCACCGCCGCGCAGAAGUGUGACCCCUACGCCCUCGGCUUCGAGGAGUGUGAGAGCUUCCUCCGAGGUGUGGAGGAGGCGAUGGGAGCCGACAACAGCGGCGUGCUGUACGCCCUGUGGAGCUACCAGGGGCAGGCCGCUGACGAGCUGGGCUUCAAUGAGGGGGACAUGGUGACCAUCCUGCAGAAGGCCCAGGGGGUGGACUGGUGGUGGGCCUCGCUCUGCGGCCGCGAGGGGUUUGUGCCCAACAACUACUUUGGGCUCUUCCCAAAGGUCCGUCCUAAGUCUCUGUGUUGAUGCGUCUCUCUGGGCUCACGGAUCAGAGGACGACGUUGUCUCAUCUGGUGUUCUACACCAUUUCCCUCCACCAGGGGGAGCCAGGGAGUUAGGCCUGGCCUUUACGAGUGGCCAGGCGGACAGGUAGACACGUGGACAAGGGGAGGGACUUCAACUGGUCUGCAACUGCUGCAAUUACGAGGAGCACAAGAAGAGGGGUGCGACUGUGCGUAGGGCGUUUCGUUGAUAGCCAGUGGGGAGAAAUAGUAAAGUGUCUAAAACUAAUGUUAAAAUCCAUCUAGUGACGCCUCACAAGUUGUCUGUGCGAACUAAAAUAAAUGUUUAAGUGUCUGUUGUGUACUUUUGAUUGUAACCGGAGAUAUUAACCGCGCCAGACGGACUGGAUCAGUUAGUGACCGGACCAGUCUAGCCUGUAAGGGAAGGGAGUGGGUUCAAUCCGACAGGGGUGGCCAGAUGAAUCACAGCUUCACACUAAAAGUCCCGAUAACAUAGAAAUUACUUUACUUUGUACUUUGAUGGCAGAACUUGCCUUCACCUUUAUGUAGAGGUGUAGUUUAAAUGUAUCCUUCAGCAUGGCCAACAACCUGGUUGCUUCAUACAAUGACACUCUUUUAACAGCUGUGAAGAGAACUUAUUCACCUGGUGGCCAUACUGGGGUAGUUGGGUGGGUAAACCUAUUUUAGAGGCUUCGAAAAUCAUGGCAACUCAAUGAAUCUAUUUCUAGAUCUGCAUUCCAUUUUAAAUUAGUUUGGCAAACCAUUUAGGUAGCCUUAAGAAUAAAUAUCCAUUGUGUCCACAGAGCCCCAAUGAUUCUAGAAGGUUUACCCACCCAACUGACCAACAUGGCCAACGCUUUUCACAGUUUAGUCUGUUUUUUUCUGAUAUUGAAAAUGUACAGCUCUGAUCUGAUGGAUUUCAACCUCUCUAUUUUGCUCAAUAUAGCAAUCGUUUAUGUGUAUGAAUCUGAAUCUUGUUGAAUAAAUAUAUAUCAGGAAGAAUGUGUAUUUUGACCUCCGGCAGCCUUUUUUACGGGCACAGAAAUACUCAGUAUCCUGUCCAAGUUCUCCAUUGAGGGUUCAUGUAUUUUAGUACAUUUAAAAAAUAAACGUGUUGAUGAUGAAUACAUUCCAAA